GUGGAGUGGUCAGAAGAGCAGGAAGCCAGUGCCAGGAGUAAAGUCCAAGAGAACAGCUCACAGCUAUUGCCACAAGACAAACAAGUGCUUUGUUAGCACCAGGCUAUGAGGUGCACAAUCUUUCAAGCUUCCACAGAUGUGGACUGGAGCUUAGCAGCUGUUUGAUAGCAUCCAACAGAACUGCCCCAUCAUUUAACACAGGAGGAGCACAGUGCCAUGUUCAGUGUGGUACUAAGGCAAAGACAAAACCUGCCUAAUCCAAAAUGCCUGGGCUGGAAUUUAGCCCCAGCAGCUCAGAGGACUAUGAGGUGAAUGCUAAGAGAUACUGGGAUGACUUCUAUAAAAUCCAUGACAAUGGCUUCUUCAAGGACAGGCACUGGCUCUUCACUGAAUUUCCUGAGCUGGCACCUAACAGAAACCCAAAGCACAACAGGGAUUCAGCGCCUGGAUAUGGCAACAAAGGAGAAUCCAACCAGGAAGGACUGGGAAGCUGUGAAAAUGGACAUUGUUCACUGGAAACCAGGGCAGAGAAUCAGUUAAACCUGCUAAAGGGCACACCUGAGAUCUGCACAGAAGAAGGAGCUGCACAGAAGGAUACUGAGCUGAGUCAGAGUGGUGGAGGUUACCCAGGGUCAUCCGCAUCUUACCGCAUACUAGAGGUUGGCUGUGGUGCUGGAAAUACAGUCUUCCCAAUUUUACAAACCAAUAAUGACCCAGGCCUUUUUGUUUACUGCUGUGAUUUUUCUACAGCAGCUGUGGAUCUAGUCCAGAACAAUGCAGAAUAUGACUCUUCUCGCUGCUUUGCCUUUGUCCAUGACCUGUGCAAUGACCAAAGUCCUUUCCCCAUGCCAGAUGAGAGCCUUGAUGUUGUCAUUCUUAUCUUUGUCCUCUCAGCCAUUCUCCCAGAGAAGAUGCAGGGUGUUGUCAGCAGGCUGAGUCGCCUUCUGAAGCCAGGAGGGGUGAUUCUGUUACGAGACUACGGCCGCUACGAUCUGGCACAGCUUCGCUUUAAGAAAGGACAGUGCCUGUCUGAUAACUUCUAUGUGAGAGGUGAUGGCACCAGAGUCUACUUCUUCACACAAGAUGAGUUAGAUGAUCUCUUCACCACAGCUGGGCUGGAGAAGAUCCAGAAUCUGGUGGACCGGCGACUGCAAGUGAACCGCGGGAAGCAAAUGACGAUGUACCGGGUCUGGAUCCAGUGCAAGUACUGCAGGCCUGCUGCCCCCCAGCUCUGAGGGCACAGGCCCUCUUCUCAGACUGGAGCCUCUUCAUCACCAUCUUCAGUGAUUCCCUCCUCCUGGCGAGCUGUGGUUUGAGGGAGCUCAGCCUACACAGGACCUCACAGUAUCACAGUAUCACAG